GAAGAAGUUGCUAGUCUGAGUCACACGCCUGGGUUAAGAGCGAGACUGGGAGGAGUUGUUUAGUCAAUCGAGUGAGUCAGCAGCCAAUCAGCGCGCAACGUUAACCCGGGAUAAAGUGAGGAAGUGAUGUUGCUGCUGCCUCUGCGGAUACGGUCGUUGCGUGGUUACUGAUAGACUCCAGGACGUGCUCACUCUAUAGAAGCAUGAGCGAAGACUGCACCUCAGCCAAUGGGGCCGCAGCGAGUUGUCUGUCUAAGAAGCGAGAAGACUAUUUGGAAUGGUGUGAAUAUUUUAUGGCAGUCGCCUUUUUAGCAGCUCAGAGAUCUAAAGAUCCAAGUUCUCAGGUUGGAGCAUGCAUUGUGAACUCAGAGAACAAGAUAGUUGGAAUUGGAUAUAACGGUAUGCCUAAUGGCUGUCACGAUGAUGUUCUCCCAUGGGCCAGGACUGCAGAGGAUAGACUUGAUACAAAAUACCCUUAUGUUUGCCAUGCUGAACUUAAUGCCAUCAUGAACAAAAACACUGCCGAUGUCAAAGGCUGCACUAUGUAUGUUGCUUUGUUCCCUUGCAAUGAGUGUGCUAAACUUGUCAUUCAAGCUGGUAUAAAAGAAGUUGUUUUUAUGUCUGACAAGUAUCAUGACAACCCAGAAAUGACAGCUGCAAGACACAUGUUUGAUCUGGCUGGUAUCAAAUACACGAAUUUCAUCCCCAAACAUAGAAAAAUUGUCAUCGACUUUGAUUCCAUCAACAGCAGCAGACCGAGUCCGAAGCCACUGUGAAUGGAGGUCUCUUGCAUCUGCAGUGUUGCAUUUCCAUCUAAAAUGGUUUGCUUCUUUAAACAUGAAGCUUGUAUUGACAGAAUGCUUUAGGAAGUGUUUUGGGAACUGUUCUCCCAUGGAUCUGGUUCAUACUUAUGGUUUACUCCUCUACCCUGUUAAUUAGUAUGCCUUUUUAAAUUUUUGCCUUAUGCUUCCAAAAUAUUAAAAAGAGAAAGCAACUUGUACAGUUUUAUGUAUUAAAAUAUGCUGUAAAAUUCUGUUAAACUGUGCUGCUAUUAAACAUUGUUAAAUCACGUCCACAGGUGCUUCCUCAUGAAAAUGGUAUAACCUUUUCUCAGUUUUUAAAACAUCUUUCCCCCCAACCAGCUCAAGGGUCUUUUGGUCAGAUCAGUGCAAUUUAGCUUCUUGUGUGUAAAGGUAUAGGAUCGGUUAUCUGGAAACCCAUUAUCCUGAAAGCUCCAAAUUACUGAAAGGCUACUUCCCAUAGACUCAAUUUGAUCCAAAUGUUUAGAAAUAAUUUUCUUUUUCUCUAAUAAUAAAACAGUAGCUUGUACUUGAUCCAAACUAAGAUAUAACUAAUCCUUAUACGAAGCAAAACCAGCCUAUUCGGUUUAAUAUUUACAUGAUUUUGUAGUAUUCUUCUUAAGGUAGGAAGAUCCCAAUUACGGAAAGAUCCCUUAUCCAGAAACCCCUAGGUCCUGCGCAUUCUGGAUAAUAGUACUAUGUAACCAACACUCCACAAAAGGGGGUAACUGUAAAAUAUUUUUUUUUCUAAUUCAAACAACCAAUCAUUCAAAGGCUCAACAAAGUUACUUAAAGGAACAGUAACACCAAAAAAUGUUUUAAAGUAAUGAAAUUAUCAUGUACUGUUGCCCUGCACUGGUAAAACCGAUCUGUUUGCUUCAGAAACACUAUUAUAAUUAAUAUAAACAAGCUGCUGGGGAGCAAUGGCGGAAAUUGAAAAACGGCUAUAUGGCACAGGAUAACUAAUGGAUAAAAGAUAACACCAUUAGACAGACAGAGCUUAUUUGUUAUCUGCUGUGUAACCUGAGCCUCUUCUCCUUUGGAUGGCUGCCCCCAUGGCUACACAGCAGCUUAUUUAUAUAAACUAUAGUAGUCUUUCUGAAGCAAACACAGCAAUUUUACCAGUGCAGGGCAACACUGCAUUAUAUUUUCAUUACAUUAAAACACUUAUUUUUUGACAUAACUGUUCCUUUAAUAAAGUCAGAUUUCAGUUAAUUGAUAGGUUAGUGGAAUUACCAUAUAUGAAAUGCUUCAAAGCAUUCAUGGUGAGCUAUAAUAAAACUGCAGUUUGGGGCAGGUCUACCAAAGGGGCACACUCCUAAAUGUUGUUGGCAUACCUUUUCCUUGACUAUAUCUUUGCCCUAUGUUUCCAUGUUACAAAAUGUAAAUACCAUGGUAUUUUGAAUUAAAGGAACUAUUCAGCUUUGAGUAACUUUUAGUAGGAUGCAGAUCGUGAUAAUCUGAAACAAUUUGCAUUGUGGGUUUUGAAUGAUUUAGCUUUUUUAAUUCAACAGUUCUCCAGAUUGCUAUGUAAGCAGUCUGGUUGCAAAUGACUCUAGCAAUCAUGUACUGACUUGAAUAAAAUGAAUGACAUUUUAUCACA